UUUUACAGACAUCCAAUGACUGGGAACUCAGAGAAACAAAAUCAGGUCGCUCCAGGAUGUCAUAACUCAGCAUUCACGUGGGGGGCCAUCAGCAUGGAGCUAGUGCUGGUGGUGUAUGAAUUCGAGUACACAGCGAAGGACGGCCACCGCGUGUCCAUCAAGCCCGAUGAGAGUUACAUCCUGGUGUCCAAGACUAAUGAGCACUGGUGGCAUGUUCGCAAAGACCUCCACACCAGACCCUUUUAUGUCCCCGCGCAGUACGUGAAGGAGCUCUCAACGAAAGACUGUUCUGGUCACAAUCAGCUGGACAAGCCCGAGUGUCUAAGUGAAAGUCAGCCAGAGGAUAGGACCAGCAAAGAUCCUCAAGACACGACGGCAUUGAUUUGCGUAACAGCUUGGGAUGCAUCAAGAGAGUCGCAUCGCUUCUCCACGUUCGGUUUCUGUGGAAACAUAUCAGAUGUGCAACCCUGUGAGCCUCUGAAAGACUUGCCAACCACCAGUAGCUUUGGAAAUACUUUGAAUCAUAUAAAGACACAAAACACAGCAGGAGGUUUUCCUCUUACUUCACCACAUCUAGAAACUGAAGCUAUACAAUUGUCCCAAAAGCCUCAUCAUGCACCAGAGGCCAGAAAUAAAGAGGAACGGCCACAGAGCUCACCGCAGGAUACGAGCGAGGAGGCACACACUUUCACCCAUGACUGGGAGCUGGACUUACCUUUACCUCCUUCGCCUAUAUACAACAUGAUUCCAGAGAUCAGCAUCAGUGGAUUUGAGGGUAUUCCCGAGCCGCCCUGGGACGAACCAGCGCCGGUACCGCAGCAGGAUCUGGAUACGCCUGUGGGAACACCCCCUCUGACAGAUAAUCAGGUGCAGAAUGAGAGUCUGGGGACGGCAGUGUACGUCAACGUAGCACAACUCCGCAAAAGCAUCAGUGAGUCUCCCCCUUCGGCCCCGUCGUCCUGCUCUCCUUCCCCCCUCGCCCCGGAGGGAUGGGAGGUGCAUGUUGACCAGGAAAGUGGACAGGAAUACUAUUACCACCCUGCCACGGGACACACCACCUGGGACAACCCGUUUAUAGACUCCCCGGCGGACCCCGGGCCUUACCCCCCCUCGCCUCCCCAGUCCCCCGUCUUCCCCGUCUCCCCUGCCUCCCCCGCCGGGUGGACCUCCGACUGGGAGCAGCUGGUGGAUGAGAGCAGCGGCCGGCCCUACUUCUACAACCCGAUGUCUGGGGAGACGUCCUGGGAGCCCCCGGAGCAGCUGAGCCCGUACCGCCCCGCCAUGAACGAGUCCAUGAACGUUCACCGGUUCCACCACGACGGCCCGCCCCCGUUACCAGAGGAGGACUACCCCCCGGAGGACUACCCACCUGACGACCCGUCAGAAAUGUGCCGUGAGUUCCUGGGUGCCGGGCCUCCCACCCUGCCCAAGGAGUACGCCCUGAGCCACGCCGGCCGGACGGUCAUCCCCCGGGCCAACCUGGACCGCACAACCCCCCCCGGCUGGAACCUCUCCGUGGACGCCAACGGGACCUGGGUGUUCACGUGUGACACCUCUCCAGACGAGUGGAUCAAGUCUGUGGACGACCGGGGGCAGACGUACUACUACCUGAGGGACGGCUCCAGGUCCCAGUGGAACCUGCCGGAGCCGCCCCUCGCUGCAGGCCAGUCUAGGGCGGAGAACGGUUUUGAGGCAGAAAAUGUGUCAGUCUUCAAAAACUGGAGACACAGCAUGGUGCCCGGUCAACUCAGCGCCGCCCAGGACGACGGGAGGUUUGUCCCGACCCACAAGAGGACCACGUCAGACUACAGCAGCGACAGCUCCAGCACGGGAAACUCUCCAGAGACGCAGCAUAACGUGCAGAACUUGGAGAAAGCUGGAAUUCUCAACAAAACAAAAGUGUCUGAGAACGGAAAGAAAGUCAGGAAAAACUGGUCUCAGACAUGGACAGUUCUUCACGGAGGAGUGCUAACGUUCCACAAAGACCCAAAGUCUGCAGCGACGGGCGCCGCGAACAAGACCAAUCAGAUUGUUCCUGAGAUUGCAGUGGAUCUGAAAGGAGCAUUGAUCGGAUGGGCCUCAAAGGACAAAUCCAGCAAAAAGAAUGUUUUAGAGUUAAAAGGAAGGAACGGUGUGGAGUUUCUGUUACAGUACGACACAGAAAGCAUCAUCACUGACUGGCACAAAGUCUUAGUGGACACCAUACGGCAACUUGAGUACCAGGAACACCCUAGUGAUGAGGACGACGGGGACUUGUAUGAAAAGAUCGGCAACACAGAGCGAGAGGACAAGCUCUUGGACAAGCUUGGAGACAAGCGAAGAUCCACCAGGCCGACUGUCACACACUCAUCCAGCUCUGUAGGGGAGACGGACCCCAAGAAGGUUCGAACAAAGCUGAUGAAGUUCCUGAUGAAGCGUCCCACGCUGCAGUCAGUCAAGGACAAAGGCUACAUCAGAGAAAAUGUGUUUGGUUGUCAUCUGGCCACGCUAUGUGUACAGGAGAAGAGCACGGUUCCCAGCUUUGUGGAAAAAUGUGUCAGAGCAGUGGAGAAGAGAGGUUUAGACAUUGACGGCUUGUACAGAGUCAGCGGGAACCUGGCCGUCAUUCAGAAGCUACGCUACAAGGCUGAUCACGAGGAACUGGACCUGGAGGACGGUCAGUGGGAAGACGUGCACGUCAUCACCGGAGCGCUCAAGUUAUUUUUCCGAGAACUUCCGGAGCCGCUUUUUCCCUUCAGCCACUUUAACAAGUUCAUCACGGCCAUCAGGAUUCCUGAUUAUAACCUAAAACUGUCCUGCAUUUAUGAACUGGUCAAAUCACUUCCUCAUGCAAACCACGACACAAUGAAGCUGCUUUUUGGGCAUCUACACAGGCUCAUUCAGUACGGGGAGGAUAAUCGCAUGACCGUACAGAACGUGGCUAUUGUGUUCGGCCCGACGCUCCUUCGUCCGGAGAUGGAGUCAUCAAACAUCACCAUGAACAUGGUCUUUCAGAACCAGAUAGUGGAGUUCAUCCUGAACGAAUACGGGCGGCUCUUCCACUCCAGCUAAAGCCGUCACAAAAGCCUCCAGCGAGAACCUGGACAGACAUGAAUGUGCUUGAGUUAUUCACAGUGCUAGGUUUAUCUUUGCAUGCACAUCAGCAGCUUCUGUGCACCAUAUGAAAUUAAACUUUUCUUGUAAAAGUAAGUUCAAGGGACCUUCUGAAGAUAAGUCAUCUUCCACGUUAUCUUUGCUGAAAACAUUUGAAGCAUUUUAAACUGCUGUUUUGUCUGGAUUUUCUCCACUGGAGGCCUACGCGAUUAAAACUAUCUUUGGCAGUAUUGUAGGAGUGGACGCUGAAACACACAGGCGUUGGCAGGUGUGGUUCGGUUUCUUCUGUAAAAACAAAAAAACCUGCGGAGCUAGUCCUGUUUCUUCGGUAAAGGAAGAACUGUAUCAAAAACUGCUCUUAUUCCUUGAGAUUCAAGAUGUUAAAAUCUCAUGAGCCACUUUCUGGAAUUUAGUUUUUUUUUCUCUCUGUUUUGUAUCUUUGUUUUAGUUUUUCUAAAUCGCAGUGUAAAUAACCUAUAAGCUUAUAAGCUAUAAAGCUGUACGAAUGCAUUAAUGCUGUCUUAAGGACAUGGUCAAUGACUACUUCUGUCUUUAUUUUAGAAUGUUUUAAAACUUUUCAACAUUUUUGUUCUGAUGUUACUGUACAUCACUUAUUGCAAUAACUGAAGCUGUUUUCUAAGAUUGUUUUUUCUUUACAGCCCUUCUCUUACCCAUAAAUUGUAUUGUAAUAUAGAAAUGUAUAAAAUAUCACUAUUAAUACAAGUGCAUUGCUGUAAUAAAGUGGACAGUGAUGUAGAAUACUUGUGCAGCCUGUAGAUUAUGUUUCACUGAAUUGUAAAAACGCGGUUUAUUCUGUUAUUCUGUACUUGAAGAAAAUCGUAUAACCUCGCAAUAGGAUUAUAAACUAGCAAAUCAGUUUCUAACAGUUUGAAAUAAUAUCAGACAAUGAACCAGAAAGGUGGAUGAUAGUAAAAAUAUAUGUCCUGUAAAUAUUAAUAAAUGGGCGAUUUAUGCUGAAAGUUGGUGAAAAUGCACAAGUUCUUCUAAAAUAAAAUAACUUUGUUUAAAAAAAUGUAUUAUUCAUUCUUUCCAAUAGGACAUUGUGUAAAAUCCAUCAAUUGUA